UGCGGAACAUGCAAGUCAGCUGAUAACGCACUAGUGAGAAUGAACAUAGGUAAUCAGUUUUUGAGUAUUCUUCUCUGUUUCAGUAUUUGUUUAGGUGAGGACUACGAUUUGGAUGAUAAAACUGGAUUAGGACGAUCGUUUGAUGGCAUUGGUGGUUUAAGCGGUGGCGGGGCGACCUCGCGUUUGCUCGUCAAUUAUGCUGAACCAUAUAGGAGCCAGAUUCUAGACUAUCUAUUCAAGCCUAAAUUUGGAGCCUCAUUACAAAUCCUGAAGGUUGAAAUUGGAGGUGAUGCUCAGACUACAGAUGGAACUGAGCCCUCACACAUGCAUUAUGAAGAUGAUGAGAAUUAUUUUAGAGGAUAUGAAUGGUGGCUAAUGAAGGAAGCCAAGAAGAGAAAUCCAAACAUCACCCUCAUAGGUCUACCUUGGGCUUUUCCGGGAUGGGUUGGAAAUGGUGAAAACUGGCCGUAUAGUUUCCCUGAUAUUACUGCUUCUUAUGUGGUGUCCUGGAUUCUUGGGGCCAAGCAGUACCAUGACUUGGAUGUUGAUUAUCUUGGGAUAUGGAAUGAAAGGAGUUUUAACUGUAAAUACAUAAAGCUUUUGCGAUAUACACUGGAUAAAAGUGGUCUGGAGAGAGUUAAAAUCAUUGCCAGUGAUAACCUCUGGGAGCCGAUCACCUCUGUUGUAAUUGCUGACAAAGAGCUACAGGACGCUGUUGAAAUUUUAGGAGUUCAUUAUCCUGGCACCAACACUGUGCCUAAGGCCCUAAAGACUGGCAAGAAACUAUGGUCUUCUGAAGACUACAGUACCUUUAAUGACGAUGUCGGCGGAGGCUGCUGGGCCCGAAUUCUCAACCAGAACUACGUUAAUGGGAAAAUGACAGCGACCAUAUCUUGGAACCUUGUUUCUAGUUAUUAUGGGGACCUUCCCUUUGGAAGGGAUGGACUAAUGACUGCAAAAGAGCCAUGGAGUGGAAAUUAUGUUGUCGAGUCCCCUAUUUGGAUCACAGCCCACACUACCCAGUUUACUGAGCCUGGCUGGACAUACCUGCAGACAGUGGGACACUUCACACAUGGUGGAAGUUAUGUUGCAUUAACUGAUGAAAGAGGAAAUCUAACAAUAAUCACUGAAACUAUGACCCAUGAUCACUCCGUGUGUAUAAGACCUCCUCUGCCUUCAUAUGAUGUCACUGGCCAGAAUGUAACCUUCCAUCUGAAAGGGACCUUUGCUUCAAUCAGUGAGCUGCAGGUGUGGCAUUCAAAGUUUGAUUUCAAGACAAACAAGUCGGUCCUCUUCCAAAAUAUCGAGCCUAUUAAAGUAACUGAAGGGUCUUUCAGCAUAGAGCUCGAUGUUGAUGAGGUAUAUACAUUUACUACUGUACGAAAUGGUCAGAGAGGGAGAUACCCAGAACCUCCACCUUCUGCUCCCUUUCCUAAAUCAUACAAAGAUGAUUUUGAUGUCUCUGGAAGUCCAUAUUUCUCAGAGGCUCCAAACUUUGCAGAUCAGACGGGGGUCUUUGAAUACUUCACCAACCUGACAGAUCCUGGACCUCAUGUUUCCACUCUGCGACAGGUGGUCACUCAGCGUCCAGUGACCUGGGCUGCAGAUGCUGAUCAGACAAUAAGUGUUAUUGGUGAUUAUCAAUGGCAAGACCUGAUGGUGUCAUGUGACAUAUACAUGGAGUCUGUGCACACUGGUGGAGUCUUCAUUGCUGUCAGAGUGAACAAAGGUGGAGGUGUUGUCCGAAGCACAAGGGGAGUCUUUCUCUGGGUCUAUGCAGAUGGAACCUACAAAGUCACAAAUGACCUCAAUGGAAUGACGGUUCUUGCUGAGGGCCUGUCUGGAACUAGAGCACAUGUGUGGUACACACUGACCCUUACAGUCAAGGGAAACUAUGCAUCAGCAGAUCUCAAUGGCUAUCCCCUCUGGAAGAAUGCAGUGCUCUGGGAGCCACUACAUGGAUGGGCGGCCAUAGGCACUAGUUCAUUUGAACUCGCACAGUUUGAUAAUUUUGCCAUAGAGGCCUUAACUUGAUGGUUUUUGAUUUGCCACUGUUGUGACACUGUAAACAAGCUGACUGGAAUCUCACAGGUGUGUGACUACUGUGAUUACUGUGAAAUUUUACAAGUUGUUAAUUUUUAAAGGAAUCAUAUGAUGUUGCUAAAAAUAACAUUAUUUUGUGUUUUUGGUUAAAUUAAAUGUGUUUAAGGUCUGCGGUUUAAGGUUCAAAAGACACAUUAUUUUUCCCAUACUAUA